CCCGCGCCCGCCCCCGGGCUCCCCGCAGCGCCGUUCCGCGCUUCCGCCCGCUCGCCCGGCGCCAUGGCGGUGAAGGGGGCCGCGGCCGGCGCCGGGGUGCUGCUGGUGACGGCCAACGUCGGGUCCCUCUUCGACGACCCAGAAAACUUGCAGAAGAAUUGGCUUCAGGAAUUUUAUCAGGUUGUUCAUGCACACAAGCCCCACUUCAUGGCUUUACACUGUCAAGAAUUUGGAGGAAAAAACUAUGAGGCUUCCAUGUCUCACGUGGACAAGUUUGUUAAAGAGUUGUUAUCAAGUGAUGCGAUGAAAGACUACAACAGGGCUCGAGUUUACCUGGAUGAGAACUAUAAAUCACAGGAGCAUUUUACGGCUCUAGGAAGUUUUUACUUUCUUCAUGAAUCUUUGAAAAACAUCUACCAGUUUGAUUUUAAAGCUAAGAAGUAUAAGAAGGUUACUGGGAAAGAAAUCUACUCAGACACUUUAGAAAGCACACCCAUGCUGGAAAAGGAGAAGUUUCCACAGGAUUAUUUCCCUGAGUGCAAGUGGUCCAGAAAAGGUUUCAUUCGAACAAGGUGGUGUAUUACUGAUUGGGCUCCAUGUCAGUCCCUGGCUCGACUGCAGGGCAGCACUCGGCUCCUGCCGGCUGCUCCGGAGGAUGGCGUGGUGCUUCCCAGCCAGAACGCUGCCAGCAGCUGUGUGGGGCAGCCAAGGGCUGUGGCCGGGCCCAAGGGACUGCUGCCCACUCACUGCCUCGUGCAAGCAGCGAGGGACGGUGCCUUUGACUUGGUAAACAUUCAUCUUUUCCAUGAUGCUUCCAAUUUAAUUGCUUGGGAAACAAGCCCAUCGGUUUACUCAGGAAUACGGCAUAAGGCUCUUGGCUAUGUGCUUGAUAGAAUUAUAGAUCAGCGGUUUGAGAAAGUUUCUUAUUUCGUCUUUGGAGAUUUCAACUUUAGACUGGAUGCCAAAGCAGUAGUAGAGACGCUAUGUGCGAAGGCUACAAUGCAGACUGUCCGGGCAGCUGACACAAAUGAAGUAGUCAAGCUAAUAUUUCGUGAAUCCGAUAAUGACCGAAAGGUUAUGCUACAAUUAGAAAAGAAGCUGUUUGACUAUUUUAAUCAAGAUGUUUUUAGAGAUAACAAUGGCACUGCGCUUUUAGAAUUCGACAGAGAGCUGUCAGUCUUUAAGGACAGAUUGUAUGAACUGGACAUCUCAUUUCCUCCCAGUUACCCAUACAGCGAGGACUCCACCCAGGGAAAGCAGUACAUGAAUACACGAUGUCCAGCCUGGUGUGACAGGAUCCUGAUGUCCCACUCAGCCAAGGAGCUCAUUCUGAAAUCAGAAAAUGAUGAGAAGAUUGUAAUAUAUGACCACAUUGGGCCAAACGUCUGCAUGGGGGAUCACAAGGAAAAAGAUGCCUUCGGAACGAGAAGAUUUUCCAUGAAACAACACUGUAGCGAGGAGGGGAGGAAUGGCAGCAUCCAGAAAUACAUACCCGUAACAGCCGUGUCGAUACGUCCUGAGUGCCACAUUCUUAGACUGCUGAUCGUACACUAUGCUUCAGCAUCUGGACUCUGUUUGAGAAAAGCCUCACAUACCUCACUGUCUUGUAUGUUCAUGUGACAUCAAGUAGAAACGUGGAAUUAUUUUUUAUAUAUGUAUGUCACGAUUCUGUUGCCAAAACUCUAAAUAGACAGCAGAGAUGUUAUGUAUUUUAGACUUCACAACCUUCAACUUUUAGUAAGUGUUUGUCGAUGAUGUGGAAAAGUUAAUUCAACAUAUUCUAAACUUUUAUAGGUGUCAUGCCUGACAUUAUAUUAUCUUUACCACUUUGGGGUUUUGUACAUUGGAUUGUAUAGAUGGAGAUAUCGAUGGUUUUAAAUGGUAUUUUCUUUGUCGACCAAGGCUUAUGGUUUGUGUUUUAGUGUUUUGUUUUUCAUUUUUGUAAUUCUUUUCUCAAGUUAUUUACUAUACUGCCAUGUUUCAUGGUUUUUGAAUCACACAGCAGCUGCUUUCUAUACAUACAUAUGUGUGUGUAUAUAUAUGUAUGUAUGUGUAUAUAUACACAGAUAUAUAAAUAAUUUAUAAACCUGACCAAAACUUAUGCUAAAUAUACUUUCGGAUAUGAAUGCUUGAGAGUGCCAUAUCAGCAGUAGUGUUGGAGCCGUAGCAGGUUUAGUUAGUGAACAUCAACAACCAACAGUUAUAUAAUAAAUAAUAUAUAGCAGUGCCAUCAUCGAUACAGAUAUAUAGCUUACUCUAUAGUACAUAUAUUAGCAGUUUCACUUUGUUGCUCCUAUAAUCCCUUCUUUCUAUGUACUAUUAAGGAUUGAAUGUGAAGUUCUUAGCUAGAUUUGGGUGUAACUUUCCAGAAUUUUGUAAACUGUUUUUGUCUGUCCUUUGUUACUGUUUUAUGGUGCCAAGUAUUCUGUAUUAAAACAACAACAAUAUGGGAGGAGAAACUAAUGGUCUGCUUCAG